UUCCUUAAAUAGUAUUAGGACUAUAUCCCAUAUAAGUAGUACACUAACUUUAUAUAUCAUUAAUAUAUCAUUAAUACAUCAUUAAGUAUGGCUGUGAGUUCGAAACAAGUGUUGUCAUUGUACAAACAAUUAUUAGAAAAGGCUGCUAAGUUUGAUAACUACAACUUUAGAGAGUACUCCAAGAGAAGAGUAAGAGAUGCUUUCAAAGAUAAUAAGAAUUUGAGUGAAGAGAAGUCUAUUACUGAAUUCUAUAAUAAAGGUAUAGAGAGCUUGGCUCAAUUACAUAGGCAGUCUACUAUUUCCCAAAUGUUUACAUUUGAUAAGUUGGUAGUUGAACCAUUAAAACAAAAACACCAGUAGUUGGAUUACUUAUUUAUAUGAUUCCUUAUUCAGUAUACUUUCCAUUCGUGCACAUAGUUCUUCUUUCUUUAAUUAUAAUAUAAUGACAAUGAUAGCUUGUAA